CAAAAACUUCAGCCGUUUUAUUUUGUCUUUUUUUCCGAUUGACCCGGAAGUGCAUUGUCAAACUACGGAACGUGUUGCAGCAGCUAAUUCACAAAGUUCCUAAAUGUGAGCGUCCUCCUGCUGCUUCGGCUGCCCGGUAGAAACGAGCCAUGGCCGAUCCAGAGCUUCUGCUGGACUCCAGUAUUCGGAUGUGGGUGGUUUUGCCCAUCGUCUUCAUCACCUUCUUUGUGGGCAUCAUCCGCCACUACGUCACCCAGCUGCUGCACAGCGACAAGAAGGUCGACCUGGAGCAGGUUUCUGACAGUCAGGUUCUCCUACGCAGCCGCAUCCUGCGAGAGAACGGGAAGUACAUCCCCCGACAUUCGUUCGCCAUGAGGAAACAUUUCUUCAACGACGCCGAGACGGGAUUCUUCAAGAAGGUGAAGAGGAAGGUCGUCGCCAAAAACCCGAUGACAGACACCAGCAUGCUCACGGACAUGAUGAAGGGAAACCUCACCAAUGUCCUGCCCAUGAUCGUGAUUGGCGGAUGGAUCAAUUGGGCUUUCUCUGGAUUCGUCAUAACUAAGGUUCCGUUCCCUCUGACUUUGAGGUUCAAGCCGAUGUUGCAGAGAGGAAUCGACCUGCUCUCACUCGACGCCUCCUGGGUGAGCUCUGCGUCCUGGUACUUCCUGAAUGUGUUCGGCCUGAGGAGCAUGUACAGCCUCAUUCUGGGACAAGAUAACGCUGCUGACCAAACGCGGCUGAUGCAGGACCAGAUGACGGGCGCCGCCAUGGCGAUGCCCCCCGACCCCAACAAGGCUUUCAAGAGCGAGUGGGAGGCGCUGGAGAUCGUGGAGCACAAGUGGGCUCUGGAGAACGUGGAGGAGGAGCUCAUGUCCAGAGACCUGAACUUUGGGCGCACUUGAGGUCCUGGCUGAAGAUGGGGGGGGGCCCGGAAUACGCAAAACACCACGAUCACUUUAUUCAUGUUCUGCCUUCAGAUGUUGAUUUAGUAUAAGAAAACCACGACUGUAAUGAAUAUAUUUAAAGUUUUUACCAAACAUCCUCUUCACCCAUCCGGAGGGUUCUGUGUAUUUGUACCGUGAGAUUUUUCUAGAGCGCUCAAUAACGCUCAAUAAAAAGACUUUCAAUGCAAUAGCUUUAUUUUGUGGUGAAUAUGGAGUAUGAAAUCAGCAGCUGGUUGCCGUGGUGACGAAGCGUAGAGAUUAGUUCUUUUGCGGCUUUUUGUGCUUCAAUUAAUUUAAAUUUGGAUUAACGGUCCAUUUUCAGAACAAUGAAAUCAGUGUUAUUUCACAUUGUGAUAAUGAUUUUUAUUCAUAUCAAAAGAUUGAAAGUACAAUAAAAUAUUUUCAUCUGAUAUUUGACAGGAAGACCAAAGAAAAAUCAGCCAAACUUUCCCUCCCGACCCGAAACAGCAAUGAUAAUACAUUUGUUACAAUACAAAAAUACUGUACACGGAGCUGCUUUUAAAAUCAGCGAGAUCUCGAAGACAAAACAAGCCGUGAUACAAAUCUUUACCCAUAAAUAUGAAAAAAUAAACAUCGAGGUCCCACACCGGUCCAAUCAAACGCAAGUCAUGUGACGGCAGAAAUUAACACAGGAGAAAAAACUAAAAUGUACAAAGAAAUGAAUACAAUUAUUU